AUGCACAAAGGAAGCAUUAAAAAAAAAUUUCCAAAAAAGAGGGAUGAGAAAUAUUCCAAAAUAUUAUUGAAAAAAAAUAGGAACGCAAAUAAAAUAAGAACUAACUCAGCAUCACAGAAAAAUUUCCAAAAGAAGGGAAAGAACCAACAAGUGAAAAACAGCAGCUUCGAGAAUGGGUUCGAAUGUUCACCACGUGCGUUUGGGAAGAGCAGUAAAGGUGGUUCCAGUAAAGUCGAUGGUGAUGUGGGAAGUGAUAUGAGAAGUGAUGUGGAGAGUAAUAUGGGCAGUGAUAUGGGCAAUGAUAUGGAGAGUGACAUGGAGAGUGACAUGGAGAGUAAUGUGGGCGUCGAUAUGGGGAAUGAUGUGUACCCGGGUAGGGAGGGGAAGAGGGAGGCCUCCCCCGAGCAGAAGAAGGAAAACCUUUUUGAUGGUUUAUUCUUAGAUAUGAAGGGACUCCUAAGCGAAAGUCUGUUGGAGAUAUUAGAAAAAAACAAGUUUGUUAAGACAACAAAUAUCCAGAAAAGAAGUAUCCCGAUAAUGUUAAAAGAAAAUGAUGUUUUUAUAAAAUCUAUGACAGGUUCUGGGAAAACUUUAUGUUAUGCUUUACCAUCUAUUCAAAAAAUUUUAAAUUUACAAAAAAGAAAAAUAAAAAUAACGAGAAAUAUGGGUACAUUCAUAUUGGUCUUAUCACCAACACGUGAAUUAGCUGUUCAGAUAAAUAAUUUAUUUUCAAUUUUAACAAAACCUUUUCCAUAUAUUGUCGUUUCAUGUAUAACAGGAGGAGAGAAAAAGAAAUCAGAAAAAAAUAGACUAAAAAAAGGGGUUUCCAUUUUAACCUGCACACCUGGAAGAUUACUUGAUCAUUUGGAGCAUACAAAGUCGUUGAACUUGUCUUAUUUGAUGAGUUUCAUUUUGGAUGAAGCUGAUAAGGUUAUAUAUUUGGGUACCCAGGAUAAGGUUAGACUCAUUUAUGAUACCAUAAGGAGGGUUAAGCGGCAGCAGGUGGGAGAGAAAGAGGCUGCCCCUAGUGGGGUGGCAGCUUCUAACGGGGAAGGAAACCCAUUCCAGAUGAUAUUCAUAUCAGCAACACUGAACCACGCAAUAAAAAGUCUAGCAAACUACUGCUUGACAAAUAAGACCGUUUGGAUUGAGGCAAAGGAAAAUUCUUUGGAGGGAAAGUUCCCAGCUCCAGGUAGAACUUCUCUCAUGAUGAGGAGCGACAAUGUAUUUGGAAGUAAAAUCGAUAAUACAUUUGCAGAGGAGGAGGAAGAGAAAUGGAAAUACGAACUUCCUGAACAGCUGAAACAAUAUUGUAUUGUGUCAGAAUUAAAACAUAAAUUUCUGUGUCUAGUGCAUACACUACUAGAUUGCAUGGAGAAGAAAAAAAAGCCAGUAGUAUUUCUAUCAAAUUGCCAUAGUGUGGAGUACAUGCAGAUGAUUUUAAAAAAUUUAUACUGGCCUACAGAUUUGAAAAAGAAGAAUAUGGAAGUGUAUAAGAAGCUCAAUAAUGAAAUAACACCCGUCCUUCUAAAAGAAGACGAACUAUUGUUGCGAAAACAUUUAGAGAAAACUUUGCAACAUUGUGAGUUGGAAGAUCUUCGGCUAAAGGUGGGAGUGGGAGAGGUAGAGGCUUCCCACACGAGACCUAAUCAAAUGAACGAUUGCCAAACGGGGCCUCGUAAAAAAAGGAUAGACUCGUCAAAGAGAGCGAGAAAGGAGGAAGCCUCAACAAUGUUGCCCUUUAAAAAUAUACAAAUUGAUGACAUACGAGGAGGAGGCUGUGGAGACUUCGCAGACGAUGAGAAUAAGAACAUAAAUGGGUACAGGAGCAAUAGCUGUGACACGAUGCUUUACAACAUUAAUGGAGACAAGCAUAAACGACAAUACCUGUUCGAAGGGGUAGAUAUUUAUAUGUUACAUGGGAAUUUACCUAAAGAAGACAGGUUAGGAAAUUUCACUGAUUUUUCAAAUGAAAAGAAUAAAAAGUGUAUAUUAUUAUGCACAGAUAUUGUAUCAAGAGGAGUAAACUUUAAUGCAUUAAAUAUAGUUAUUCAAUAUGAUCCUCCACAAGUGUUUGAAGAAUAUAUACACAAAGUUGGAAGAACAGCAAGACUGAAUAAUGAAGGAUCCUCUUACUUAUUUCUCUUACCAUCAGAAAUAGAAUUUGUUAAUAUUUUGAAAAAAAACAAAAUUGAUGUGAAUAUAAUACGAAGCAAUGAAAUCAUAAAUAAAUUUCGAAAAGAGUAUAUUCCAUCAUUUUUUAAAUCAAUUGGUGGAGAUGUACUAUUCUUUUUAUAUAAUCAUUUCAAAACAUUAGUUAAGUCAGAUGAAAUAUUAAUGCAGAAAGCGACAAGUGCAUUUCUUGCAUCCAUAACAGCUUACUAUUCUGUGAGUAAAAAUCUCAGACAUGUUUUUUUCGCAAAAAAUUUGCAUCUUGGUCACCUUGCUUAUGCCUUUUUACUUGACCAGACACCUCGGGAAAUUUCUAAAUACAACAAGCAGCAUAAGUACAUGGAGAUUAAGAAGCACUCACGCUUAAGUAAGAAGGACAGACGUCUCUUACGCUCGAAACCUUUCAGGGCACCGUGA